CUACAUAUUUCCGCUUCCGGUUGCAUUGUUGACCAUGGCGGCCUUGAGGAGGGUCGCGGGCUUGCAGAGGUUGCUGGGGUUACCGAAGCUCGCGACCCGGGCAGUUUCCUCUGGGAGGAAGACCAACUCCGCGGCUUCGAUCCAGGUGCCCUCGGUCUCGAGCCCGGCGCGUACACACGAAGAGGAGGAGGAAGAAGUCUCCGUGUUCACCAAGAAUCCAGAUUACCAUGGCUUUGACUCAGAUCCCGUCGUCGAUCUGUGGAAUAUGCGUCUUGUCUUCUUUACCGGCAUAUCAAUUAGCAUUGUAUUAGGUGCAACCUUCGUGCACUAUCUGCCUGACCAUGGGAUGCGACAGUGGGCUCGCCGGGAAGCGGAGUACAAAGUGAAGGAGCGGGAGGCACUGGGGCUGCCCCUCAUUGACUCCAAUUAUUAUGACCCCAGCAAGAUUGUGCUGCCCCCAGAGGAAGAGGAAUGAACACCUUGAUGUCUGUCUAUAUGCUGAGAAUAAACCUCCAAGAUCGUC